AUGAGGCAUUUUGUUAUUGAGCUUCUUAAAAAAUCCCCAUCACCAUCUUUUGCCUUGCCUUGUGCGAGGCUUCGCAAUUUUUAUAAAAUUUCUUUUUACCUGGUCUCAAAGUGGAUGGGUGAAAAUGAGAAUCUUGUUUCCAAACUUUUCCAGAUGUCUCGUGACAGUGCUCCCUCCAUCAUUUUCGUCGAUGAAAUCAAUUAUUUAUGUUGCCAGCGUGGGGAGGGAAAUGAGAGUGAAGCUUCUCGACGGAUCAAAACAAAACUUCUUCUACAGAUGCAGGGUGUUGGAAACAAUGAUGAGAAAGUUUUCUUUCUUGCAGCCACAAAUACACCUUAUUCGCUGGACCAGGCCAUUCGUAGGCGAUUUGACAAGAGGAUUUACACCCCUCUUCUUGAUUUGAAGGCCAUGCAACAUAUGUUCAAGGUGCAUCUUGGAGAUACCCCCCAUAAUUUGAUUGAAAGUGACUUCGAGGACCUAGCUCGCAAAAUAGAUGGUUUCUCUGGUUCUGAUUUUGCAGUUGUUGUCAAAGAUGUCAUGUUUGAACCUGUUCGUAAAACUCAGGUUGCGAUGUUCUUUUAUAAGAACGAUAACAUGUGGAUCCCAUGUGGCCCGAAGCAACCUGGAGCCAUUCAGACUACAAUGCAAGAACUUGAUGCACAAGGCCUUGCCUCACAGAUCGUACCUCCGCCAAUUCAAAGAACAGAUUACGAUAAAGUACUAGCGAGACAGAGGCCAACAAUGAGAAAAAAGGACCUAGACCUGCAUGAAAGAUUCACGAAGGAGUUUGGAGAGGAAGGCUGA